AUGGCAGUCAUAAGGGAGACUAGGUUUAAUGGAACAGUUCCUACAUUAUCGUUAAAUAGCCCAUCGAAGUCUACAGAAGCCGAAGAUGUUGACCCAAGGCACGACGAGCUUCACAACAUUCAAAGUAUGAUUCGUCUGACCCGCGAAAAUAUCGACGCACUCAACGCAAAAUUCGCAGGUUUUCAGCAUCCUCCGUCAAUGUAUCUGACAGAGUACCAAGAAUUGACCAGCAAACUUUACGAGUUCCAAGCAAAAGAACACGAAUUAAUCGAACAACUUAGUAAUGGACGUGAAAGCCCGCAGGAUAUAAGUGAACGUAGUGGUUUCAGUAACAAUAACAGUGGUUGUGGUGGUGACAGUUCUCCAAAACUAGUACCAAGAUCUCCUCUUAAGUCAGUGGUGCGUGCCCAUCUACCUAAUCAGCAGAGAACAACAGUGCAAGUGAGACCAGGCCAAACUCUUAGGGAAGCAUUGGCGAAAGCGUUAAAACUACGUAAGCUCACUCCCGAAAUGUGCGUAGUGUACAGAGGUCAAAGUAAGAUUUCCAUUCCAUGGGAGGCAGACAUAUCCUCAUUGGAGGGCGAAGAAAUCACUGUUGAAAUUCUAGACAGGUUUUCAAUUACGACAAGUAUAUCUCAUAAUUUUGUAAGGAAAACGUUUUUUUCUCUGGCAUUUUGUGAGUGUUGUACACGCUUGCUGUUCCAAGGAUUUUACUGCAGGACUUGUGGUUACCGCUUUCAUCAGCGAUGCGCUACUGGUGUUCCAGCAUUGUGUCAACAGGUGCGCAUGCAGGACACGUACUACCGCAUCUUACUAGCCCAGAAUCCUGUGACAUCUGCUGGCAUUUUGCAGACUUCAUCAGAUUUUGGUUCUUCGCAUGUGUCAACACACUCCCAACGCCAGUCAGUGCCUCGUCGUCACCCUCCAGCAUUGGGUGCUCGAGAGAGAUCCAGCUCAGCCCCCAACGUUUGUUACAACCUUGUGGGUCAUGGUGUGGAAGGUCCAUUGCUGGAUGAGUUUGCAGGUCGUGUGGCACGGUCGGCAGUGGGUAUGCACCAAGGCCUCGGAGGCACCAGUGGACAAGGUGCUACAUGCAGUCCUGGUGGCAGUCCAACAAAGCCAUCCCACAGCCAGAGUGCGCAGGCUUCACCAACAAAUACUCUUCGACCAUGGAGACCACGUGCACGUUCUGCCGACGAGAGUGGUAACAAGGUGAGACCUCCACGAGAAUCAAUAGAGGAUUGGGAGAUUCCUGCGGACGAGAUUCUCAUUGGUCCUCGGAUUGGUUCGGGUUCCUUUGGAACUGUAUACAAGGGACAUUGGCAUGGUCCAGUUGCUGUGAAGACACUCAAUGUGAAAGAUCCCACACCUACACAACUACAGGCUUUCAAGAACGAGGUGGCUGUCCUGCGGAAGACUCGACAUGUAAACAUCCUACUGUUUAUGGGUUGUGUGAGCAAGCCACAGCUGGCAAUAGUUACCCAGUGGUGUGAAGGUUCCAGUUUGUACAAACAUUUACAUGUGAUAGAAACAAAAUUUGAGUUAUUGACUCUUAUUGAAAUUGGGAGGCAAACUGCGCAGGGUAUGGACUACCUCCAUGCAAAAAACAUUAUACACAGAGACUUGAAGAGCAACAAUAUAUUCCUUCAUGAUGAUCUCACAGUUAAAAUAGGUGAUUUUGGACUGGCCACUGUCAAAACAAGGUGGUCUGGAUCACAACAGUUCCAACAGCCCUCAGGUUCUAUUUUGUGGAUGGCACCUGAAGUUAUCAGAAUGCAAGAAGAUAGCCCUUAUAGUUUCCAGUCUGAUGUCUAUGCCUUUGGUAUUGUGCUGUAUGAACUGUUGGCUGGUCAGUUGCCAUACUCUAACAUAAAUAACAAAGAUCAAAUUUUGUUCAUGGUUGGUAGGGGCUAUUUGCGACCUGAUCUCAAUAACUUGCGAUCUGAUACUCCUAAAGCACUUCGUAGGCUUACAGAGGACUGUAUCAAAUUGAACAGGGAUGAACGUCCUCUAUUUAGACAAAUUCUUGCUUCAUUAGAAAGUGCUCUUCAGUCAUUACCAAAAAUACACAGAUCAGCAUCAGAACCUACCCUGAACCGUACUCAGCUUCAGUCAGAUGACUUUUUGUAUAUGUGUGCCUCUCCUAAGACCCCAAUCAAUUCUCAAUUUGGAGCUUUUCCAUUUUCUGUUGGUGGUAUCAUUUAAUUGUCUUUGACUGUAGUAAAUUUCUUUUCCUUUUUCCCCUUUACUUUUUUUUUUUUUUUUUUUUUUUACUUUUCUCGAUUGCUGUGUAGAACAACAUAGCUUUCCAUACUAAAAUAACGUAAAUCAUUUGAAUAUGACUGUGGAAUUAUUUUUCACAAUUGUCUUCAACAGUAGAAUGUUCAGAGUAGAAUUUAGCAAUUGUGCCUGCACAGUACUUGCAUAUAUGCAAUCUUCCUCAUCUGCCAAAGAAUUGUGAUAAACGAAUAGAUCUUUUGAAUAAUUCCUAAAAAACCAGUGCCAUUCUAAUCUCUCAGUAUUUAUGCCAGCAAGUUGGACUUAUAAAGCUAGGAUUUUUCUUAUCAAAUACCUAGUAUGUAGUAGUGUGCAUGAAUUCUUUACUCUUCUUCAGUGCUAUUUCAUUGCUUGCUAGCUACAUUUUCUCAAAGCACUAGUUAAGACAUUUCUGUAUGAAUGUAUUUAAGGAGGUAAAAAUGCAGUAUAGCCCAUCCAAGGGCAAGUACUUUGAAAAGUUAAAUUGCAUGCAUAAUUAUAUUUAUUAUUCAUAAAUAAGACAAAAAUUAUUUACUGAAAAUUAAAAUGUGGGUUGAGAAGGGACAUCUUAAUCUGUUCGGCGGAUUGUAGUGUGUUAAUAGAUGAAAUUAUGUACUACUAUCUUUAUUCAUAAAUCCUUUCCUUCUCUCACUGCUGAACUGAGAGAUAAAAAUGCAGAAAAUGGCAUUGAGUCGUAGUAAAUAUGAAGACUGUUGUUUGUUGGUCAUCUGAAGUGCUCCCUCAGGCUCAGAGGUAGUUAUAAUUGCAGAAAAUACCAAUAGUGUGUGUGUCACUUGUGUCCAUCACACUACUGGGGGCCCAUUAUCUUCCCACAUUUUUAAUGAUCACAUUCUUGAGUUGCAUUAUUUGAUUUAUGUGACAAUGGUGUAAAAUACUGCUACACUGAGAGUUCAUAAUAGAUUAGAGCAGAUAGCUGGUCUCUUGUUUGACAGCUUAUAAGUGAAUGCCAGAUACAGGAUAUGAAAUGAAAACAGGACACAUUUUUCUCAUAACUCUCCCUUUAGGAAUUUAUAUGAUGGGAUUAAUAAAGAGCCAGUGCUAUCAUUUGCAUUGGCAGCAUGUGUGUUCCAGCAUAGACCUAAUGUUCAUAAUAUUAUGCUGAUUAUAAAGAAAUAUAUUUAUAAGGAACAAAGGAAUUUCACUGUAACUGUAUCUAUUCUUACACUAUUCAGUUCUGCUGAGGAAUUUCUCUGUAGUCUGUUGUAUAUGUGAAAGAGUUAUUUAUUUAUAGUGUAAGUGAUAUUUGCAGUAAAUGUUAUGAUAUAGAAUUUAUCUUUUUUUCUGUCAAAGCAUUCAUUUAGCAGGUUCAUCCACAAAUGAGCCUUCAACUUUUUUUUAAUGAACAUUUAGGUUGUUUCAUUUUCUCAUCUGUAAAUAUCACAGGUUAUUGGAGUUUCCUAUUACUUGGAUAGUGUCUUCUUUUAUGAUGUCCUGUAAUCUUUCUAAACAAGUGCUGAAUAAUAUGGUAAAACACAUAAAUGGAAACUUUUUCUGCCCUUGACACACUUUGCAACAACAGAAAAGAUAUGGAUUAGCUGAAAGAAAAUGUACCAUACAGUUGAAAAACAUAUUCAGUUUAGGCCAAAUACACAGAAAACAGAAGGGAAAAGGAGGCUAAGUCACACAGCAAGUGCUAAAUUGCACUUAUGGUUCCCUCUCACAUUUACCAGUUAAGAAAAUAUAUGCCACAUUUGAAGACUUAGAUGUUUAUCUUCUGAACUUAACUCAGUGAUGGAUUAUUCAUUUUAAGCAGCCUGGCUCAUAUUUACCUGCAGUUGUGUUUCAUGCUCUUGUAUUUCCGUCAGUUGUGCUGAAUUUUUGAUUGAAUGCUAAUAUUAAAUAUUCUGGUUGUUUGUAACUAUUUCAUUAUAUGAACUUGGAUGUUUUCACAGUAGCUUAAAAGACUAUGAGCACAUUAUGAAAAAGUCUUCAAUGUGAACUGGAUUGACUGACAGUUCCAAAUGUCAUUUAUUUGAGACAGUGUAUUGAUACUAUUUUUGUCUUUCGCAAGAUAUGUUUGCGUAUAGAGGUAAUUUUAUUUUUUCCAUUGUAAUUGCUUAUCAGUAAAGUUUAGAUCCCUGUGUAUGAUUUUGAGCACUCAGUGUGUAGUAAAAUGCAAAUGUAGAUUGCACCUUCAGCAGGCUCUGAAACUAAUGUUACAGGACUGUGUAAUGCUUAGAUAGCUAAUUUAUGCAAUUGGAAGAGGUUUCAUUAAUAUGUUGAAACACAAUGUUGUGUAAUGUAUAAAGAUGGAUGUAAAAUGCAGAUUCUGCUUGAAAUCUUUACCGAUAAACAGUUAAGAAAACAUUUUGGCUUUUUGCUGUCUUAAGGACAUACAUCUUUUUGUGUUUAGGGAUUGGUGUAACAAAUACUUCUUGCUUUUCCAAGAACUGUGAUAUUUGGUUACUUGCGUGUUCCGUAUAUCAUAAUUGUGACCUCUUGAUACGAUGUAGAACAAGCUACGGUAAACUGUCAAUGGAAAAAUAUGGCAUUGUAUUGACUACUUGCUUGAUUGUCAUAAGCUAUUUGUGUCCUCUCACUGAAAAAGUACAAACCUUUUUCAGCACAAAGAUUUCAAGCACCAGCAUUGAAUCUGAUUUUAUUCCUGUACUGGGAACGACUGCUUUAGUGGACUCAAAAUGUGGAGAUCAUCAGGUCAUUGCUUAAAUCACAAAACCUAGUAUCUGUUUAGUGGACAGUGACCUGCUACUUAUCACAUGCCAAUGUCUUUGGUACCUGUUUAGUGGAUGGUAACCUGCUACUUAUCACAGUGUCAUUGUCAAGUGUGCAAUAGUAUUUAUAAAUGGGUAACACACACAUUUUUUGUUACAUGUGGCAUGACAGCUCUACAGUAAACACAUUACAAAGUCUCAGUGGAUGAAAUAGAAAGAAAUUUGCUCCGAGUUUGCUUCAAGAAUUGCAGAUCACUUGUAAAGCACAUUUUAAUUAUGUUGUCACUCACAAGUCUUUUUUGUCAGUCAUCAUUGUAUUUCCAUAUAAAGAGGAAGACUUAAGAAUUUGAUCAGUAACACUGCUUGGUUCAUUUAUUUGUGAGGAGGAUAAUUUAUUAAAUACUGUUCUUAUUUGUAUAUAAAUGAGAGAUGGAAACUGUGACUCUUCGUUUAUAGUUAUGUAUAAUUAAAUAUGAAUAAUAUCAGUCCAGACAUGUGCUUUAAGCUGUGAGCAAAGGCAUGUGAGUAAGAUUUAUUAGCAAAAUGCCAAAUUUUGUAUGUAAUGUUACUAUAGGAUUGCUGGAAAUUGUGAAAUUGCCUCUUUAAAGUAAAAUACCAUUCUCUAUGCAGCUCACGGCUGAUAACCUUCAAUAGUAGAGCAUGUUGUGUUCAUGUUAUAUAAGUUGCAAAUUAUUUUGUGUAAUGAAGGGAAAUUUUUAGGUACAGUUUUAGAUGUUCAGUUUAUGCACUGUUCCUUUGGUUCUGUAUUUGUCUAGGCACAGUAAUUUCAAUUCUGAAAACUGCAUAUGGAGUAUAUCUGUGAUGCUUUCAGUAAUGCGCAUUCAAAACUUUAUGUAUGUACACUUCUAUUCACCAUCCUGUUUAAAGUCACUGUUACUGAGUACUUUUGAAUCUAAAUCGAUUAUUGUGAGUGUGGCCGAACACACUCUUGUCGCUUCUUCAAGGCUUUAAUUUUCAAUCAUGUUUUGCAUUUUGAGAGCCCCAAAGCCAAAUAUUUCUUAGAACAAAUUUAUAAAUGCAGCUGAAGUGGAAAAUAUUUCUCUAGAUCUAAUUUGCCAUGUAAGACAUUAUUGCCCAGGUAAAUGUUUCUUACAGCCCUAAUCAUUGUUUCAUUUAAUAAUAAAAUUUCUAAUUAUUUUAAUUCAGAAAACUAACCACUGAACAAAUGCUCUACAUUUGAUAAAGAAUUGCACAUUUUAAUAUUUACUGCAUAUGGUUGGGGUACUACUAAAUGAAAACACUUUAUAUAGUCAGUGAGACUGUAUGAUACAAGAGUAAAUCAGUCUUCUGUUCUGUACUUACAGAUUAAAUUCUGUUUACCUUAUAAGAAAGGGAAAUAAAGUUUCCAGGAUUUAUCAGCUCAGCUUAUGGCAAAGUCAUCUCCCUGCUGCGUCAGCAAAGGAUUUUUUCAUUAUUUUUGUUUGUUUAUUGACGUAUGCGUCUGCCUUUCGCACUAGAUGAAAGACUCAAGUAAACUUGAAAUUGGGGAAAUUUUGCUGUUGCAGUUGGUCUCAUGUUUGAUAGAUUAACAAUUAGAAUUUGCAGAAAGAGCCGAAAGAUGAUAUAUCACUCUUUCUGCAUUACAUUGAGUAUAGAAAAAAUUAAAACUUCUUUAUUUUGUUUUUAUCAUCCCAAAAUCUUGAUUAGGCCCACAUAUUGUGUUUCCAUUUUAAUCUUGACAGUUUGCUUUACAAUCUGUCACCCAGAGGUCCCGAUCGUUAAUUAACUGACUGAAAGAUUGAAAAAAUGAGGGGUUUUAAUCAGAAUCUGUAUCCGUAUUUUAAAUAAAAGUUUCAUAUAUAAAUAUCUUAUGACAUUGUGUAUUGUUUAAGAGAUUAAUUUGUAGAGAUGCAGAAUAUGAAGAGAGACUGCAAUACACUGGGUGCAUCACAGUUUUUCAUUUUUUUCUUUACUUUAAAAUUUAAACUAAAUUUUAUAGGUGUUCACUAUUUACAUUAAAGUUUGAUUUGGACUGUGAUCAUGAUAAAUGCUCUAUAAAGAAGGAAGCAUAAUAUGAAGUAAGACUAGAAAAACAAACCAAAAAGCCAAGAAUGAGAGGUACAGCUAGACUUUCAAAUGCAGAGUUUGUGGUUAGUACUCAAGGCAAAUUGGACGGAAGGUGUGCUGUCAUGAUUCUACUAUCUACUAUUGUCUAUGAUUCUGCUAUUGCUGUCUUUCUCUUGGUUACAAUAAUUUUAUUUGGUGUAUGACAUGAAAAAGAAAGAAAUUAAUUUAUACAGUGAAAGAGUUUACUCUGUUACAAGUCUGCUAUUGUUCACGAGCUGCUGCUUUCUAAGUAAUGUUAUGAAUUUAUUUCCACAAAAGUUAACUAAUGCCAAAUUAUUGAUGUAUUUUAUUGCCAGAGAGGGUAAACGUGUUUUAGUGGUGUCACAUAGCAUUUAACUUCAAUACAAAUAGGAAUGUGCAAAAUAGAGUUCUCAUAUCUAGAGAAGUUGAUUGUUGCAUGAGGCAGUAGUUGAGAAAUAUUGUUUUGAUAUACAUCUUUCCAAGUAUUACCCGCCUCCUUGCACAACCCUUAACUUCGUGUCUCAUUCAUUCUUUCUUAUUCAGAAAAAAAGUGCUGGUAAAAAAGUAGCACUUUCCACUGGAAUCUACCACAGAGUGCCAUUCUGUACUGUUUUGCUUCUUUUUAUCUACAGAUGAAGGAACCCAAGCCUCUUGCACACCUAGACACAGUUUUUCCCAGAAAUUUGCUAAGAAAUUUGUCUCUAACUAUCAUACAGUUGCAUCUGAAAGUAUUUCCUUGCAGAGACAAUUCAAGAAAAGUCAAGCUUAUGAUGCACUCAAUAUAGGCAGCAUUUCGAUGAGGAUGUGGACAGAAUGUUGUAAUGUUUUUGAAAUUACUUAGUAUUAAGUGUUUCAGAAAUUUUACAUGUACAAGAAUAUAAAAGAAAUGCAAGUAAUUGUGCAGUGAGUUAAUUACUUAUUUAAUAUUAAUGUAUGCCAUUGGCAUUCAUAUUUUCAAUAAAGUUUGCUCCCAUGAACAGCAGUCUGCUCAGUAGUUACCAAGUUUGUUAAAGAACAACAU